CUGUGGCACUCAGUCAGUAGGUGUACAGGUCGACGAGAAAUUUGUCUACCGCUAAACAAGUUGUGCUGCUGACUCACACGUACCCAAAAGCAAAGAUGCCAAAAAAUCUUCAGGAGCUGAUCCAAAAGCUGCAUGAGAUCUUUCAAGACAACCAUAUCAACGUGGAUGAGGUGCAGGAACUCAUGGAGUCAUACAGGAGCAACCCUCAGGACUGGACGAAAUACGCCAUGUUUGAUAAACUCAGAUACACAAGGAACUUGGUGGAUGAAGGCAAUGGGAAGUUCAACCUGAUCAUCUUGUGUUGGGGAGAAGGCCAAGGAAGUAGUAUACACGACCACUCCGACUCCCACUGCUUCAUGAAGAUGCUGCAGGGGGAGCUCAAGGAGACUCUCUUCGACUGGCCCAAGGAGGAAGGCGGGGACAUGACUGAGAGGUCACACAGGAUCCUGGAAGACAACUCGGUGGCCUACAUAAAUGACAAAAUCGGCCUCCACCGUGUGGAGAAUGUAAGCCACACGGAGGGUUCGGUCAGUUUGCACCUCUACAGCCCACCUUUCCAGACGUGUAAAGUCUUUGACCAGCGCACCAGCCACACGACCGAAGCUAAGAUGACCUUCUGGAGCAAAUAUGGAGAGAGGACCCCAUUUGAGACCACAGCAUCAAAGGAGAACAACUAAUUUUCCAAAUGGAGACUGGAUCUUUUUUUUUUUUUUUGCUUCUUUGAUUUUGUUCCCUUUUAAAUGCGUAGUGACCGUGGGUCGUUUUUUAAAUAAGCUGCAAGCAGAUUCAAAUGGACACACAUGCAUUAGUAUGGCUUUAUGACUCGCUGGUUGACAAAUACUUUUGAUUACCAUGCAAUGCAUGAAUGGACACACAUUUUGGCAUGUUAGGGAGAAAAUUUGCACCCCCUUGUUGCUUCGGAUGAAUGGAUAGCAAAUUUCUCUAGCAGUUUAGCACUUUUCUGUCUGUAAUAUUCUGGAAUGUUCAUUGAUGCCACAUAUAGUUGUCUUAAUAUCUGCUGAAAAUUGGAUGGGUGAAGGAAAAAUGUUUUUGUGUGUGGGUAAACAUUUUUACAUUUUUAUUUGUUGCUUGUGAAAUCAUUGCGCUCUGUGAUGCAAUAAAUGAUCAAUGGAACAACAA